UUCAAGAAUGAAACAUGACUGAGGACUCUCAGAGAAACUUUCGUUCAGUGUAUUAUGAGAAAGUGGGAUUUCGUGGAGUUGAAGAAAAGAAAUCGUUAGAAAUUCUCCUAAAAGAUGACCGUCUGGAUACUGAGAAGCUUUGUACUUUCAGUCAGAGGUUCCCUCUCCCAUCCAUGUACCGGACACUGGUAUGGAAGGUGCUUCUAGGGAUCCUGCCUCCACACCACGAGUCCCACAUCCAGGUCAUGACGUACCGUAGGGAGCAGUACUCUGACCUCCUGCACGCCUUGCAGGUCGUCCGCUUCGUCAGUGAUGCCAGACCUCAGGUUGAAGUGUAUCUCCGCAUGUACCAGCUGGAGUCUGGGAAGUUGCCCCGAAGCCCCUCUUUUCCGCUGGAGCCAGAAGACAGGGUGUUUCUUGCGAUUGCGAAAGCGAUGGAAGAGAUGGUGGAAGACAGUGCAGAUUGUUACUGGAUGAUCCGGAGUUUCGUGAACCAGCUGAAGAAGAAGUACCGGGAUUCUCUACCCCAGCUGCCAAAGGCUUUUGAACAAUACUUGAAUCUGGAAGACAGCAGGCUGCUGAGUCAUCUGAAGACGUGUUCCGCAUUGCCGCUACUUCCCUACGAUCUCUGGUUCAGACGGUGCUUUGCAGGAUGCUUGCCAGAAUCCAGCCUGCAGAGAGUUUGGGACAAAGUUGUAAGUGGAUCCUGUAAGAUCCUAGUUUUUGUAGCAGUGGAAAUCUUACUAACCUUUAAAAUAAAAGUAAUGGCUCUGAACAGUGCUGAGAAGAUCACAGAAUUUCUGGAAAAUAUUCCACAGGACAGCUCGGAUGCCAUUGUGAGUAAGGCCAUCGACUUAUGGCACAAACACUGUGGGACUCCAGUACAUUCUGCCUGA